AUGAGCCAUCAAUCGCAGGAUCAAGACUCUGCCGACUCUCAACGGCUACCCUACACCGGCUCGUGCCAUUGCGGAGAAAUCCGCUACAUUGUCUAUCUGACUCUCCCUCCCGCGACGCUUCUCAACUCAGAACCGCCGCCAUCUCGAGGAGUCCAGCGCGUUUACAGGUGCAAUUGCACCAUUUGCCAUAAAUCGGGGUUUCUCCAUGUCCGUCCCGCAUCUGCUUUCGACGACUUCUUGCUCCUAUCGCCCCUGGAUCCUCUAAAGAGUCUAGGCGACUACGUGUGUAACAAUGAGACGCUCCACUUCCUCUAUUGCAAAACGUGUGCGGUGAGAUGCUUCAUCUUUUACGGCGAAGGGGAAGCUGUCGAUGUCAGUCUGCCCGAGGCAGUUGCGUCAGGUGGUGCCAAAUCUGGGUCCGAGGAGGAUGGCGUCUCUGUCAAGGCCUGGAGGCCCAAGAAGGUCGAAUUCAAUGAUAGUCUUCCUAACCGAGGCUCAUAUCUUAGUGUGAAUGGACACACGAUUGAUGCAGGCCAGAAAGGCGUUGAUCUGAGGGAGUGGGUGGAAACAAGGGCCGUCAUGUAUCUCGAUUAUCUUCCAAACGAUGGGAGGUUGCCUCCACGUUGCGAGGCGCCGCAUGUUGGUGGUUCAUACUAA